CAUAGCAAAAUACUUUAACGUGAAAACUGUCACGCAGGAUUCAACAUUGUGAGUUAUAAAUUUACCAAAUGCAGUCAACAAAUCCACCAUUAUCAUGGGAAAGAUUGUACGCGUCAACUUUGAAUAGACUGGAUAUAUCUUAUGUGCAUAAUAUUUCACACAAAACGUACGUGUUAAACGUAACAUGUUAAAUCUAUCAACAGUAGAUAUUAACUUACGCAAGUCAUUUUAUCGCGAAUGAGAUAUUAUAGAUAUGGUUGUUUACGAAAAGGUAUAUUUAAAAUUAUACUAUUCAAUGUGCGCAAAGUGAAAAAAGUAUUUAGAUUGAAAGGAAAAAUGAAGUUAAUUGAAAUAAUUACAACAGCACUUUUGCUUGCUGUUUUGCCAUUCACUUUAGUGUCAUCAGAAAAGGAGAAAAAUAACAUACAGGAGUAUAUGAUUCAGAUAAAAGAGGAAUGGAUUGAUACAAUUAAAAUAGAGGCUCCAAGAUUUGGAUUUAGAUACAAAAGAAAGCUUGUGUCAAAUAUAUUCUUGUUUGAAGAGGACUUGAAACCAAGUGAUCAGCCGGCAAAUGUGUUUCAUCCAGACAUGAAAGCUUUUAAAGAGUUCUUUGCUAAGAAAAUUUUACAUGUUAAGAAGAGAGAGAAAGUUAUCGUCAAGUAUUACCCUUGGAGAAAUGGUAGCCUUUCGCAGUCUCAGACUACAUUUGGACGAUGGAUUCUGCGACCUCGAACAUCUGCACAUAGCAAACAAUGCUGGCCGUAUUAUGGCAUGGAUGUCCAAGAAGCUUGGUCACUCGGCUACACAGGAGUUGGAGUACGCGUGGCAGUGGUUGAUAUAGGUGUAGAAAUGGAGCAUCCAGACUUGACAAAAAAUUUAGACAAGAAUUUUUCAUAUAGUUUCGUGGAUGGAGACCAUAGUGAUGUAAAUCCCCAACGCUUUCAGAGUUACUGGGAAACAGAAGAAAUUACUAGUCAUGGAACCAUGGCUGCAGGACUUAUAGCUGGAGAAUUUGGCAAUAACCAUUGCUCUUCUGGAAUUGCUUUUGAUUCAAAAUUAGCAGCUCUAAAGGUAUUUAGACUUGAGGAGAAUCCUACAGCCUGGGCAGUCGAAGGGUUUGCAUUUUCAGUAGAACAUAUUCCAUCAGCAAUUUCAUACGAAAAUGACGGGAUAGAUAUUUAUUCUUGCAGUUUCAAUCUGCAUAAUAAAUUUAAAUCGGCCACUCCAGAGAUGAGAGCUGCGUUAGAAGAAGGCGCGAAAAAGGGAAGAAAAGGCAAAGGGAGUGUUUAUGUAUUUUCUGCAGGGAACAACAAAGGACCUGUGUAUGACUGUAACAUGGAAGCUCUGGCGAAUAGCAUUUACACAAUUACCAUUUCCAGUGUUGGAGCAAAUGGUUCAAAACCGGCAUAUGCAAUUCCUUGCGCGUGCACAUUGGCAUCUACGUAUGGGGAAUUUAAUACACACGAAGGCUCGAAAACAUUGGAAUCCACAACACAUGGCGGGAAAUGCGACAACUUUAUGGGAACAUCGGCAUCCGCGGCUUUGGCUUCUGGAAUAUUUGCCUUAGCUUUACAAGCAAAUUCUGAUCUAACCAUGAGGGAUUUACAAUACAUUACGAUUCUGUCAUCGUCGUUCGAAAGUCUUCAACACACUGGGCGGAGAAAAAGAAAUGCAGCAGGGCAACAGUAUGAUCCUUACUUUGGUUUUGGAUUAAUCAACGCUACAUCAAUGGUACUGAAAGCGAAAACCUGGAAAACGGUGUCAUCACAAAAUGAACAAACAGUUCAUGAAAGUGAUAGUAAAAUGCGAUUUAUUUCAGAAGAUACAUUGGUUAUAUCUCUACGAUUGGACAGUUGCGAGAAGGAAGAAAAUUGCAUUAGAUUUUUAGAGCAUGUGCAAGUUAGUCUAAAAUAUAAUACGAAAAAAGAACCAUUGUUCGACAUAGUUCUGUGUUCUCCUUCUAAGACAUGCUCUUACCUACUGAACAGGAAAAGUCACGUCCGACAUAAGACAGCUGAUGCCCUGAGAAGGCGUGUAUAUAGGAAUUGGAAUUUCACAUCAGUGCACUUCUGGGGUGAAAAUCCUACAGGAAGGUGGUUAUUACUUUUCCGCAAAGGAAAAGAGCCAAAAACUAGACACCUUUUACAAUUUAAAUCUGCAGUUUUGACUUUGUUUGGAACGUCGGUAGACACAUUGGGAACAAAUUACGUCAAAUCUAUACAAAAUGAUACAUGGUUACCUAACGACACUGAGUGGUACAAUACAGUAGCGGAAAACACAUCGAAAGACCUUUCUGAUACAGUUGUUGACGAAGUUUUUAACAAUGAGGAGAAAAAGAGUGAAAACCAAAACGAUUACAUGUACUGGGUUUGGGUAGUAAUUAUAUUCGUCGUUUUAACAGUUUGUGUUAUAAUCACCCUAGUAGUACGGUAUAUAUAUAUGUAUAUGAAACAAAAAAUCAUUUUGGCUUUAAAUAUAGUUAAUGCAAGUGGAGCAUUAUAUCCACGUUUCCCUAGACCAUAGCGUUAUGCCCAGUAUAUACUAAAAACAACACUACUCAUUUAAUGUUAAUUUUAAACUCGAAUUAAAACAUGCAAUAGAUUUGAAUAAAAAAAAUGAAUAAAAGAUACCAUUUAUAAAUGAGUUUAUAUCA